CAUACGCACUACUAUGGAGUGGCUUUGGAUCGCCGUGGCAACAUGUAUGCUCACGUCCUGCUCUGUCAAAGGCAACGACUGGUGGUGGGAGUAUGAGGAGGGGAUACGACACUACAGCAAGGAGGCCCUACACAAGGAGUUUCCAGAGAAAACUCGACCAGUGACCUUCAAACAUCCCCCGUUCCAGUGCCCGGACAUGAGUCCCUCUCCCUCCAUCCCCUCCUCAGUUGAAUUUGUGAAGGCGGCAGAUAUCAAAGUCAUCGCCGCCUUGGGGGAUUCACUAACAACGGCCAUAGGUGCCAACGCCACCACUGUCCUCGGGAUUCCCAUUGAGUAUCGCCAUGUGUCGUGGAGCAUUGGAGGCUAUGGGUCAUUUCAAGAUGCCAUUACUUUGGCAAAUAUCAUCAAGCUGUUCAAUCCCAAUCUGGUUGGUGCUGCUCCCGGCAAGACGGUCCAUGGGAUGCAGGCUCAUAUCAGUGAAACAGGCUUCAACCUGGCUGUGACUGGACACAAUACCUUCAACCUCCCCGGCCAGACCAGACAUUUGAUUGACACACUGAGAGGUUAUGAGGGUCUGAACUUUGAGCAGGACUGGAAGCUUUUGACCAUUCUCAUGGGCAUGAAUGACAUCUGUGAUUACUGCAAAGAUAAGGCUCUAUUUUCAGUGGAUAACUUCAUUCACUAUAUGACCGUCUCCUUGGAAAUGCUUAUGAAUGAGGUUCCUCGUAUGAUCGUUAACAUUGUUCAGAUCUUGCCCAUGCAGACUCUGAGGGAGGUGCAGAAGCCCACCCCAGGGUGCCUGCUCCAAAGGUCUUUCUGCUCGUGCCUGAUAGAACCAGAAGCUAAGUCUCCUGAACUGCGGGAGCUGGUAGAAGUCAAUCUGGAGUUUCAGAAAAGACUUGAGGAGCUGCUGCACAGCGACCGUUUCUUCAGGGACAACUUUGCUGUUGUUCUUCAGCCCUUUCUGAAACACGCUGACCCUCCCCGCCUCCCGAAUGGGAAGAUCGAUAUGACCUUCUUCACUCACGACUGCUUCCACUUCACCAUAAAGGGGCACGAGGAGCUGGCCAAGGGGCUGUGGAACAACAUGUUUCAGCCUGAGGGAGGAAAGUUGAUGGUGAACAGUUUCUCUGACCCCAUCGGCCUCAUCUGUCCACCUACGGAACACCCAUAUAUCUUUACCCGGCCGCUUUCAGCCAAGUCAGGCCAGCCUCAACUGCAGUCUAAUGCUCAAUCACAGGCAGCCGUCUACCUGCUCAUCUCGCUCCUCGUGGGUUUGGGAUGUCUUGGAUUGUAGCUUUCCCUCUGUUGGACUACUAUACAAGCAUGUCACUGCUACAUCGGUUACUGUUUAGGUAAUACAGCGGAUCAUCUGCAGAGGAGAGUUUGUGAGCCAUUCUUUCCAACUUUGCAUGUCUGUGACCCCAAAUAGCCGCAUAGAGGAAAUGACUGUGGUCAUCUGAUUGGAUCUGAAAACCCCACUGAUAAUGUGACAGUGACUCCUGCAACCAAAUAUUUCAAUUCUAGGCAGUUGCAGGUGCAGGUGGUGAGCAGCUUUCUCUGCAUGAAACAACUGCUGCUCUUAGCAGAAAGUUUUAUAUUUUGCUUUAAAAUUUGAAUUUCUCAUCCUUGGACCAAGAUGACUGACCAGUUCUGACCACACACCGACUGUGGGGAUGGGACAAUCAUCUACGUUUCUCCACAUUUGUAAUUAAAAUAAUAUACUGUAGGUGUAUUUUUAAGGAAAAGUCUUGCCAAGUGCUGCUUUAACUUAACUGCCGAUUUUGUAACUAGCGAGGCAUGAAGUAACAAUUUCUGAAUUGUUAAUGUGACAUUUAUACAUUCAUACAUGAGACAUUAAACUAACUCGACUUU